AUCCACUGCACAAGGGGAGGAACUGUUUUAGCGGCACACGAGUAGGCAGAUACUUAUUGAACAUGUGACUGACCACUUGAAAGAAAACUAACUAACGUUAAACUGGAUAGUUUACUUGUGACUUUUUUGACAUACCGAUUUCUCAGAAUUACUACAGCUGUUCCAGAGCUUAAACAUCACUGAACUACUGCACAACAUGAGCUCUCCGAAGAAAGCGACUACUGAACCUCAUGUCAUCAAAGAGGAGCUGAUAGCGAGUGGAAAAUGGUUGACGCUUGAGAAGACCACAUAUGUGGAUCCAUCCGGAAGCACCAGAACAUGGGAAACCGCAAAGAGAACAACCCGAGUCGCCAACAUUGCAGCUGAUGGUGUAGCAAUCAUAGCCCUUCUGAAGAGGACGCUACAUAAAGACUGUGUUGUAAUGGUGAGGCAGUUUCGUCCACCCAUGGGGUGCAACACACUGGAGUUUCCUGCAGGUCUGAUAGAUGACAAUGAGACCAUUGAAACUGCUGCUUUGAGAGAGCUAAAAGAGGAAACGGGUUACAAAGGGGAGGUGGUGGGCGUCACUCCAGUCACAUGUUUAGACCCGGGCUUGUCUAACUGCACCACACAGAUGGUGAUGGUACAUAUCAAUGGAGAUGACCUUGAAAAUAUAAACCCCACUCAGCAGCUGGGUGAUGGAGAAUUUGUGGAGGUUAUUCUUCUACCUCUGGAUGAAUUUCAGCAAAAAAUUGAAGAGCUGCUGCAGAAAGAGAAAAUAGUGGUGGACUCCAAGGUGUAUAUUUAUGCUAUGGGAAUGUCGCAGGCCUUCUUUAAACCCAGAGAGUUGCCUGUGCUGAAGCAGUGAGAUGCACAAAUCUCUCACCUGGAACACACUAAAGACAGACUGACGUGAAAUCUACCAAUACUUGACCAUGGCCUUAGUGUUUUACAACGCUUGCCUCAACAUUCCUAAUAAACUAACAAUACUUAAUUAAGAGGUAUUCAGUGUUUGCACAGUUUUACAGUUUAUUAUUAAAUAUAUAGGAACUUACCAAACAUUUUUUGAGUAUGUCCUGUCUGAUUUUGGCCUGUAAUAACAAAAGAAAUCCAUAAAAAAAAAAAAAAAAUAUUUAUAGGUCAUACAGUAAGUGUCACAAAAGACUCUCUCUAUAGGAAAGGUACUUUGUAUUAUGAUCAGAACUUGGAGUAAAUCUGGUAAAAACUGAUUCAAAAGGGUAUUUUUGAUGUACUGUAUCUAUGUAUUCACAUACGGGCAUCCAGUUGUCUACAGGACUGCAAUACGCAGGUCAUUCUAAAACUUUAUGCUGGAGGAUGCAUAUGCAAUGUUGUGUACCUGGAUAACUGUAUUAAUUUUUCUAAUAAAUUUGACAGUUUAAAUUUU